CCGCACGCCCGGCGCAGGCGGCUGUUAGCAGGAGCAGGGCGGACCCAGCCCAGGGCAGCGCCCCGGCUCCCUGGCACGGCGGGGGGCUCAGGAGCUUUCCCGGCCCGAGCAGCUCCCCGGCCCCGAGCGUCACAAGCACCCUGCGAGGGGCCCGCCGGGGGCAGGGCCAGGCCCGGCUUGGAGCCGCCCCUUCCUGUCCCCUUUGUGUUUGCAGCAGCGGAGCCAUGGCCGGGGCCGGGAGCGCGGCGCGGAGGCUGCUCCAGCCCCGGGGGCCGCGCGGAGCGGGCAGGGCCCGGGAGGCACCAGAAGAGUGUCUGGCCCCUCUGCAAAAAGAGAGAGAAGUAGCCAAAGCCGAGGAGAAGCGGCAAAAUGAGGAGCUGCUGAAACAGAUGGAAGUCGAGAGGCAGAAGAUCAUCUGGGAGUGGAAGGAGCUGCAGGGGUUUCUGGAGGAGCAGGAGCAGCUGCUGCUGUUCCAGUUGGAAGAGCUAGAGAGAGCCAUUGUCCAGAGAAGGGAUCAGGGCCUCUGCAAACUUUCCGAAGAGAUUUCUGUGCUCAGUGAGAGAGAAGGAGAGAAGGGGCAGCAGCCACUGAGCCAAUCCCUGCAGGCAGAUGCAUAUUUUCUUCCUUGUAAAGUGCAUGGGCAGAAACUUUCCCCGAUGACGACGUCCCAGCAGGGAUCCCUGGGGGGAGGCAGCUGCUCUCCGGACACGAAUUUGAGUGUCUGAAAUUCUCCAAACACCCAAGACUCCAGUGGUGACUGCCCUGCAGAGCAGGAGGUCUCCCCAGCCUUGGACACCCCACCUGACUGCAUCUCCUUUUUCUCC